CUUGUUUUUGUUAUUUUUCGUUAGUUUCGUUCAUCUUUUACGGUAUAAAGGUUGACCAAAUCCCAAAAUUAUGGAAGAUUUUACUCAACUUAAUAAUUUGGCCUCGAGUUCCAAUUUUGCUAAAAUUUGUUUCGCUACGGAUGAUUUUUUUGCACCGGCAGAGAAUUUGUUGAAUGAUGCAGAACCCCUUUGGAUUGGAGAUAAGUUCACAGAGUUCGGAAAAUGGAUGGAUGGAUGGGAAACUCGAAGGAAACGCAUUCCAGGACAUGAUUGGUGUAUAAUUAAACUUGCGGCGCCCUGUGAGAUCAAAGGAAUUGAAGCCGAUACAGCUUAUUUUACGGGAAAUUAUGUACCUCAAAUUUCGGUUCAAGCAGCUUUUUUGACUUCAGAAGACGAAAAAUUAUUUCCCGUGCGCGAAAAGGACAAAAUGGGAACCGCUUGUACGAGCGACGAAUUAAAACAAGUCAACAAACUCCGUUCCGAUACAUGGCUUGAAAUAGUUGAACGUUCAAAACUCUCCCCCGGCUACGAAGACACCCGAAAAUCCCUUUUUCCCGUAAAUUGUUCGAAAAUUUUCACGCACGUUCGUUUAAAUUACUUCCCUGACGGAGGAGUUGCGCGUUUUAAAGUCUUCGGAAUCGUCAAAGUUGAUCCUCAGUCCUUUAAAGGCUCAGAAAUGGUCGAUUUAAUUUCCCUGCUGAACGGCGGUUUGUGUUUAAAAUAUUCCAAUGCGCACUACGGUCAUCCCGGAAACCUCAUAAAACCCUCAAAGGGCUUCAAUAUGGGCGACGGAUGGGAAACAGCAAGACGUCUCGAUCGACCUGCGAUAUUAACGGCAAACGAAAAUGGCAUCUUAAACAAUGUCCCGGGAUGCGAAUGGUGCAUUUUCAAAGUUGGUUUGAAAGGAAGAAUCGACCACGUGGUUAUCGAUACGCGUCAUUUCAAGGGAAAUUUUCCGGAUAGUGUGAGGAUUGAAGGCACCCAAGACCUGGAAAACGCAAAAUGGGAGGAAAUUCUCGCAGAAUUUAAGCUUUCGGCGCACAAAGAGCAUCUCGUGACCCAAGAAAAGCUGAAAUCGCAUGGACCAUUUACCCAUGUACGAGUGACUAUAGCACCCGAUGGCGGAAUUAGUCGUGUUCGUAUCUUUGGACGACCCGUGUAACGGAAGAUUUAUGAGAAACACUCCAUUCGACGUUCAUUCCGACGAAGAAAAGAAGAUAAAUUCGAGACAAAAUAAGAUGUUUGUUCUCAUUUUGUCAUUUUACAUGCACGUGAAGCGUCUCGCAAGAAAGAUGUUUUCUUUUUUUCAAUGAAAAUUUAUUUCAUGCAGUUAAAUUUUUAUUAUUUUUUUUAAAUUAAAUGAAUUUUUCAUGUUAAAAUAAAAUAUUCCAUACUUUUU